AACGUUCUACCGCGCAAGCGCCAGUUUGCUUGUUGAUGACUUUGCUACUAGCUGCCAGCAAAGACCAUCAUAUACAAACCAGACAACGUGACCAAACUAUUAUAGAAUCCGUUAAAUACAUCAUACAGUUUUUCAAACGACAAUGCUACAAUUCCUGGUUGGACUUACCCUGGGGAACGUUGUUGGGAUGUACCUCGCCCAAAACUAUGAGGUGCCCAAUAUUUCCAAGAAGAUAGAGGCUUUCAAGAAAGAUGUGGAGGCUAAGAAGAAACCACCUGAGUGAGAGAAGAGGGAGCCCCCUCAGAACAAGAGGGGCCCCCAUCAGAACAAACGGGAGCCCCCUCAGAACAAGAGGGACCCCCAUCAGAAGACUGCUGGUGCUGAAGACUGGAAAAUAGAACAGGCUGACAGAACAUCAACGCACAUUAGAGUGGAUACUUAUUUUUAUAUAUCUAAAAUAAUGGAGGAGAAUUGUGUGUAAAUUGGUAAGAGAAUAAACUGUAAACAUUUGAUAAUACAUCGUUUACAGUUUCUGCAGCUGAAGUAUUCUCCUUUUUUAAGUAUGCAUUGUUCUUUGAAAUAGCAGUUUUCUUCUUUUUUUUUUUAAGAGUUGCACUUACAGGGUUUAAAAAAAUGUAUACAGUAUAGUCGGAAAUGAAUGAGGAGUUUGUCUAUAAAGUUAUAUUAUAUCCGAACUAGAUUGGGAGUUAUACUCAUGCAUGGGAGGUGUUACAGGAAAGGUUUUUUACUCUUGGAAAUCUAUUUCGCAUAUUUCUUUUUGCAACUGAUGUAGGGAUUGGAAUAGAGCGCUUUUCAACGGGUUUUGUGCAGUUAAUAACAUUGUGCCAAUAACGGUGCUCAGGUUUUCCCUGUGUGAUUAAAGUUAAAUAAAUAAAGGUCUGAGGAUCAGAUUGUUUCUAAAACA